GCGGCUUCCGAGCAACAGGUCACAAACGCCUGGAAAUAGAAAGGAAACCGUUUUAAUCAUGGCACCAGAAGGUCAAUCUUCAAGGACGGUACUGUCCUGGUGUUUCCUGCUCCUGUUCGCUGUUGCUGGGGUGGAAGGUGAGGGGUGUAGGUGCCUGCAAGUGAAUAACUUCAGCACGUUUAACUCUAGCCUGAAUGUUGGGAUCUGCUGCUUAAAUUUCUCCGGAUCUGUAAUUGGCACUCUGCAUUGGAGUGACUUUGCAACAAUGAGGGAUCUGAAGAUAUUGGACCUCUCUGCUAGCAGCAUCACUGAGGUCAAGGAGGCCAACGCCUACGAGAGCCAUCUAGAGGUCCUUUAUCUGAAUCACAACCAGAUAGGUCAGCUGCCUGGGACUUUCCUGGCCAAUGCACCCAGCCUGAAGAUCCUGCAUCUGGAAAACAACAAGCUACAAAAGCUGCCAGAUACCUUCUUGCAGGCUUCCACCAAACUUGAGGAGCUCCACCUUAACUUAAAUUAUUUAUCAUCUGUGCCCCCGAGGGUCUUCAACCUAGGGAUACAAACAAUAGAGCUCUCCAAUAACACCUUGGAAUGCACAUGCGCCUUCAUUGAUGAGUUAAAAGAAGGAGUUGCCAACAUAAGUGUGCUGGGCAAUCUGACAUGCACCACUCCCGGGCACCUCCAGGGCAGGAGUGUGUGGUCUUUGCAGAGGUUGGAGCUGUGCAGAAAUCACAGACUGACGGCACUCUUCAUUCUGAUGGCCCUGGGCUUAAUCGUAACCCUGGUGCUAUGCUGUUACUGCAGGAGGAAAAAGAGGGGCAAACAAGCCUCCUUGGACCUGGCCAAGCAUGACAGCCAGCUGGUCACCGUGGACCGGAACGGGGUCAAGGGGCUCCUGAACCGCCACCACUAUGCACCCUGCGAGGCAGUGCUGCCCGACAUGGGGGAGAAGAACGUUCUCCUCAAGAACCAGAUCAUGUUCAGGCCCUCCACCGCCCUGCUGGGCAGCAGCCGGGACCUUUACGAGGAAGUGGAGAUCAAACUGGGCACCUCAAUGGAUUCCCUGCCUCAGACAGUAGAGGAGGCCUAUCCGAACUUGACAAGCAUAGACUGUGAGGAGGAGCCAGCGGAAGAGAGCAAACCAGACAUGGAAACGGUGAGCGUCACAGAGGUCCUGAAGGAUUCGACCGAUCGGGAAAAGAUGUACCUCACCCAAUCCACAGACUACUACAAUCUGGUGCCAGACAUUGAUCUAGAUGACUCUGAUCAUUACGAAUAUGAAAGCGUGGACCUGUCCUGAAAGGAAUUUGAUCAAAAUUGAAUGAUGGUGUUGUGACUGUGGAAGUUGAAAGGUGGAUUAAAAUUAAGAAUUCAGGAGGUUUUGGUUUCAAAUCCAACCUCUUGAAAAAGAAAGGAUUUAUAAAUAACCAGCUUUGAGACUUGGGUGCAUGCAAAAAACCAUUAAGGAAACAAGAUGUGGAGUCUUAAUCAUGCAGUCCCAAGCAACAGAAAAAAUAAAAAAAAUCCUUCUAAAAAUAGACAUUUCCCAACCACCGCGUUGUAAGUAAGAGACACUUUGGUUUGCCAAAUUCUGAUCUGGAGACAUUUUCUCAAUGCAUUUACUACUGACAUCCAUAGCCUUAAGUGAAUUGGGUUCGAUUACAGCACCUUGUUUCCCCACCACAAAGGAAAUGUUCUCUGGCUUUUUACAACAGGCAGCUGGGUCCAGUAUUCUUCAGUAGGAGGCCAAGAAACUGGAAGAUUCCAGUUUCAGAUAUCAGCAUUAGACUCUUUUGCCCUGGGGAAAAAAAAACUGCAGUUUGAGUCGUUGUCAAACCUGAUAUUUGCAUACCUUCACAUAAGAUGGUUAUACCAGGAGCUGAUCUUUGAAUUCAGACCUGGAAAGGUGCAUGUGAAUUUUUUUCUGAAGACCUCCAUACCAGUUAAAUUGAAAUACUUUAUAGGAGUUCCUUAAAAAAUGCUUCAACCAGAAGGUGCCUUCGGCAACAAGUCACAUUUUGUUGUCAGAUCAUUGGUUACAGUUUCAAGCUCAGCCAGUGCCAAACCAGGAUCACUCUACCCUUACACACACACACGCCCACACUGGAAAUCUGAUAUGACUAUCAGAGCCAGUUGCAAACCAGCUGAUGUAAUUUGGGAAGAUUAGAUCGCUUUCUCUGUAUGUCAGAUCUACCUGCAGAUACAGUGGGCCUAUUCAUGGAACUAUUUUUAGAGAUCGCUUUUAAACAUUUUUAACAUUUCAUUUAAAUCAGCAUAAAACUGCCUUGUGUAAAACUACAGAAGCACAGGUUGUUGAACUGGGAAGGCAGUGCUACACUGUGAAAAGCUUCAGUUGUAUAAUAAUAUUUCAAUCACCCCUGAAUAACAAUGUUGCAUUCUAAUUGUGACUCAAAGGUUAAGCAAGGUUUGGGGUAAAACUGUGGUUUAAGAUUAUCAUUAGGUUUAUGUGUAGAUAUUCCAAGACCAUUUGGCUCCUGACAGCAACGAGCCCUUGGAGAGCAUCAUCGAAAUGAGACUUUUCCCCUUCGAACCAAAACAAUUUUAUAUAUAUAUAUAAUUUGUAUUUAUUUUUUCUGAUAAAAAAAG